AUGAUCACUAUCCAGCAAGAUGCGGAGAUGAUGACCAACCUCAUCUCUGCCAACCCUGUCCCCGCCGGUAGCAGAUUUGUCGCCAUCAAGGACGAGAACAGCAUGCCAGCAGUCUUUGCGCUCGGCCAAGAUAAGAAGCUGAACCUCAUUGUAAACAUCGCAGGCGUACCGACCCUUGUGGACUUCGGCAGUGCAUGCAAUAUAGCCGGCACUAUCUCUGCUUUCGAUGUUCGCCAGGAUACCAACCUACGAAUUCAUGUUGCCGUAGCUUCUGUACUUGAUAACGGAAACAAUCAGCUCACGGUAGCCUUUGAUCUUGACCCUAGUCAGCUCGGCAGUACUGCGGACGUCCCGUUGGUCAAAUCUACGGUCACGAUUCCAACCGUUCAUGCCAUAUUCAUGCCUACCGAUAGAAUUGCUCAAGAGGACCAGCUCGGUUUCGUUGACGUCAGCGCCAAUGACGAUGGCUCGCUCGCGAUAGCUCUCGAUACGCAAUGGCGAUUGUCAACUAAUCCUCUUCGGAUCCUGGAUGUUGCCUUCAUCUCUGCGCCAAUCGGCGCUGGUGCUGCAAUACUAUACCAGAGCGAUGCCGAAGGCGACCUCAAGUUGCAAUUCAAAACUUUCAGGGACAAUGUCUUUACUGUCCAGACCAACGCCCCACCUGACUCAACCUGUCUGGCGUCUUACUUUGAUGUUAAUGCGGGGAGCUCCGUGCUGGUGGUGGGAGGACAAGGCGUCACGACUUUCGCAUAUGCCGACUAUACGUCUUCAACUUCGCAUGGCAGCCCACUUCCCGGUUCUUUUCCACCAGGAUUGCUUCUCAAGGAUGUACAUGUUGCACAGACCCCUACCGACUUCACAAUGUGGUUCACAUCUUCGGCUGAUGGCGUAUACUACUUCUCGGCUUCCCUUGGAAACAUCGCGUCAGGUACGUUGACGAGACUACUUCCGGAUGGUGCUGGCGGCCAAAUCUCCGGUAUCCUCAGCGCCACUGAAACGCUUGGAGGGGCACUACUCAACACGCUUGUGUCCGUCAACGAAACAGGUGAUCUGUCGCUUCUGCAGCAAGGUUCUGACACUGGAAUGUGGGAAGUGCAGCCCUUCUACGCGCCCUCGAAUACGAACAAUAUCUCCGUGCAGUCUUUCACGGUCCGUCUUCAAGCUAAAACGGACGCUACGACAAAAGAUGAAUCCGUAAUGAAAUGCCAGCUCUUCUUGCAGAGCUCAGGUGCCGUUCAAAUCACAGCUAACGGGGUGGUCACGCUCCUCAGCCAGGCUGGCGGGUGGUACACGACGGAUGCGAACGGCACACUGACAAUUGUCAUCUCGACGGCUGACAUGUCGUGCCAUACCGUACAAGUGCAGCAGUUUCAAUCAGUUAGCGGCGCAACCCAAUCCAUCAAUUCACCGAUUCUCAAUCCUGCAAGCAAAGUGCUCCAGAAUCUCAAGUCCGUGACAAGCGGUGAUGACUUGCUCAAUGCUCAUAUGCAGGAUGGGAAGCAGCUUAUACCACCUGGAACAGUACAGAAGGGUGAUGCAGACAACGUUGCAACGUAUAUGCAACAAUUGGUCCGCACUCAGACCCAAGCGCAGUUGUCUGUUGGCCCGUCGGCGGCUCGAAACAAGAAGACGACGACGGCGGGUAAAGUUGGUGCGCUCUCGGGUACACAAGCCGCCGUAGGCCAGGACGGCGAUGAAUGGGGCUGUUUCCACUUCCUUUACGUGAUGGCUGAGGACGUGAAAGACUGGGUUGUAUCAACAGUCGACGGCGUUUGGCAAAUGGUUCUGACCUUCGCCGGUGAAGUCAAGACUUUUGUUCUCGAUACAGUCGAAAAAGUCGGCAAAGCAGUGAGUUGGCUUAUGCAAAAGAUCAAAGUCGGUAUUGAGGAUUUUAUCACCUGGAUCGGCAUGUUUUUCGAUUGGGGCGACAUUUUGCAGACCUCGAAGAGUAUCGCAACCUUUAUGGAUGUCGGGCUCCAAUAUGGCGCGUCUCAGGUGGCUUCAGUCCAACAGCAGGCCGAUGCGUGGAUGAGUAACCUUCGCACUGCGGUGCAGAAUAAAUUACAGCCAAGUAACAUGGCCACCAGCUCGAACAACGUUGACACUCAGAGCACGACGACCUCGCAGCAGCUGCAGCACGGAGUUGGCUUUAAUUGGAGCAUGUAUCAAAUGCAUCAUGGUGGCUUUGCCACGCAAGGCACGGUCGGUGCAGUCUCUGAUAAGGCAGAUGCCACCCCGAAAAAAUCCAGCAGCCCCAUCACCCUAGAGGACAUCUGGGCCUCGUUGCAGGUUGAGAUCAGCAAGAUUGAGUCGGAUGUCCAGAACAUUGCUAAUGACAUUCAAAACCUGCUGACCACCAAGACUGAUACUGAUCAGAUCUACACCAAGUUGGGGAGUGAUUUGAUCACGACAGCUUUGGACACAAUGCAGGCCGUUGUUGAUACCAUCCUAGAGGCUCUCGAGCUCAUUCUUCAGAAAUUGGGCGAUGUCAGCAGCAGUGGGAUACAGGUACCUGUGUUCUCCGCUCUGUGGAGUCUCAUUACUGAUGGGGAGCAAUUUUCCGUCAUAAAUUGUCUCUCUCUCAUCUUAGCGGUUCCCACGACCCUUCUAUUCAAGACAGUCACAGGUUCACCACCGCCCAAUCUGGCGAACCGACUGACCGUGGAAACGUUCGACGACUACAUCAACGGCAAACCGCUGACAGAUGCCACACUUGCUCGAGAUAUCGCUGAUUUUGCGGGAGCCACAGUCGUCGGUUUGACGUACGUGUCGAUGGAGCUCACGGUCAUCACGUUCGUAAUAGACUCUGUCGAUCCUGUGUCCGACUUCAAGACACAAGCUCUGGUAGAUGCCAAGCUGGGUGUUGGUCCUGUUGCGGGAAACGUUAUUGACUCGGCAACACUAAUUUUGGAAUCUCUGGGGCUUUUCUUUUCCUGGCCUUUGAAGUUUGGUGACGACCAAAAUCUUCGCUGGGGUUCAUGGGGGUUGGACUGCAGCAACGCCGCCGUCUUGGCCGUCAGCAGACUCGUAGGCCAAAUUACGGGUAUCCCACGGAUUGAAACGAAGCGGAUCGUGGGCUCCUACGAGGCUAUCAGCUCGAUCCCUACCUACAUCCUUGAGAUCAUUGUCGACGUCCACGAGCUUGACUUACCGGACGGGAACCCGGAAAAGGAUGAUGGUCUUGUCGACCGUCACAUCGUGGAAGAGACAUUCACCAUGAUAUCUGCCUGGUCCUUUGGCGCUGCGGCGCUUAGUGACGGCAAUCAGGACGAAGUGACUGCCGUUGCGCUGGUGGUCAUGGGGUUGAGCAUGACUAUCACCUACGCGAUGAAAUUCACGGAUUUCUGGAUAUCCCAAACUGACAAGACGACUGCGGUCAAGAGGGUGGUGGAGGGUACUAAGAAGGUCGUUCAGCAGAAGGAGACUAAGCAUUCAAUGAAUGGAGCGGUGGAGAAGUCUCCCAAGUAG